AUUCGUUCUGGAUCUCAACCAUGGACAGACUGAUGAUUCUGUUUGCUGUUGCCUUGUCUCUGGGGGCGGCUUCAGCAGCCACUGUAAGUCUGUGUUCAACUAACAGCUAUCUGCAAAUGUUUGAAUCAACCAAACAUGGUUUGAAUGCAAUAAUGUGGAUUUCUGAUUUGAACUCUCUUUGGUGUAUUUUGGGGGUAAUGUGUCAUGUCGCUGCUAUCACUUUAACAUUACAUGACCACCUGUAACCCUCUGUUAUUAGGAAAACAACAAAUCAAAUCUGAAAAUGGAAAAUUUCAUAAUUUCAUGACAAAUGUGUUUGCUCGCUGUAUACCUGUGAGCACGCGAACCAUAGGCCCUACGUUAAUCAUGUUUGCCAUGUUGCAUCACGUCCUGUUUGAACAACACUCUGUCAACGUUUGGUAACCAAGGAGACUGCUUUUUGGAGUUCUGAUUGCCUGAUCUAGGAUUUCGGCUGCUCAAAAGUUCACAGUCUUCAGUGUCAUAUUUCUGUGUUAUGAUGCAAUGAAUGGUUUAAUGGGUAACAAGUCAGGACUGCAGGCAGGCCUGUUUAGCAGCUAGCCUCUUCUUCUGCUACAGAGCCGUGCUGUUGUAAUGUGGUUUGAUAUUGUUUUGCUUUAAUAUGCAAACCCUGUCUCGAAAAGUACAUUGUCUGAAUAGCAGCACAUGAUUAUCUAAAACCUGUUUAUACUGUUCAGCAUUGGCGUGUAAGCUACUUAUACCACUCAUGUAUCCUCAUAUUUUCGUGGAUGCUGCCUUUAAAGUGGAAGGUCCCUGUCCUCUUUGGAGUAUAGGAUACCAACAAAUGUAUACCUCAGUUCAUCAGAGAAGUCACCGGCACUUUUGGAUCAGUCUUGUCUUCUCAUCCCCUCUUUGUAUGGUAGUUUUAUUCUGCAUUUGUGAAAGUAACAAUGUACCGUGUCCACAGAAAGUGGUUUUUGGAAAUGAUUCAAAGCCCAUGCAGUGAUUUCCAUAAUAGAGUCUUGCAUGUUUUUUUCUGCCUGAGGGUCUAAAGAUCACAGCAUUUGUUUCUAAGGCCGAGAAAGUCACUACUCUUUUGGACUCAGAGUUGUUCUGCAGUUUUAUUUUGUCAUUAAACUCCAAAACCAUUGUUCCAUUGUGUCCCUAGCUUGGUGUGGUACAAACAGAAGGCGGUAGGGUUCAGGGGAGAAACAUCCCCCUCGGCCUGUUCCGCUCUGUGGAUGUCUUCAAAGGAAUCCCCUUUGCAGCUAAACCUGAACUCCUGGAGAAACCCCAACCUCACCCAGGCUGGGAUGGUGUGUAAAUAUUUAUAUUAAAAAAAAAACUUAGAUUUGAAAAUGAAUAUUCCUUUAUGAAUAAAGCUAACAAUCAAUGUUUUUAUUCAAUUUUCAGGAGUUCUGAAGGCAACAAAGUUUGCUCAGAGAUGUAUGCAGAAGAGCAUACUCCAGACCUCUAGUUUUGGAAGUGAAGAUUGCCUCUACCUGAACAUCUGGGUUCCUCAUGGCAGACAGGGUAAAGUGUUUAUUUUUCUAUACAUUACUACAUUGAUACUGAUGAUACUGCUUCUAAUUUAAAGAAAAAUCUAUCUUCCUUUCUUUUCUCAGUGUCGUCAGAUCUCCCAGUCAUGAUCUGGUUUUAUGGAGGAGGCUUCAUGGUCGGUGGCUCUAUGGGUGCAAACUUCCUGAAUAACUACCUGUACAGCGGUCAGGAGAUUGCAGACAGAGGCGGUGUUAUCGUUGUGUCUGUUGGAUACCGUGUGGGAACUCUGGGCUUCCUCAGCUCAGGGGAUUCUGGCUUACCUGGUAAGAAGAGUUUUAAGGACUUGUUGGCUGUGGUGACUUCCUGAACUCAAGAUUUGUUUCCAUGACAGGAAAUUAUGGUUUGUGGGACCAGCAUGCUGCCAUCGCCUGGGUUCACAGGAAUAUCCGCUCAUUUGGAGGAGACCCUGAAAACAUCACUCUCUUUGGAGAGUCAGCAGGUGGAGCUAGUACCAGUUUCCAGGUGAGAAACCUACUAUUACAUGAGCACAAUACUCAUUAUUCUGACUUUUUGCUUUUGGAAUAAUUAGGAAAUUUAGUACCUGAAAGAGGCCAAAUCUCUUUACUUUUAGGCAAAGGAGUCAGGAAAACUGCAGUCCUGACUUUACCCACCAUGUAUCUCUUCACAGAGUCUCUCUCCCCAUAACAAAGGGCUGGUCAAAAGAGUCAUCUCCCAGAGCGGUGUUGCCCUUUGUCCAUGGGCUAUGAGCAAGAACCCUCGCAAGGUUGCAGAGCAGGUAUGUUCUUGUGUUUCAGACCCCAGUCCUUGGAAGUGGAUGUCUGAGGCAUGUUGGAAUAUUUGAUAAAAAGCUCAAUGUGAAUAUUCUAAGGUUAGAAACUGAGAGGCCUCAGAUCCCCCCACAGAGUAUGGGCCUGCAGAUUUUAUUUCCUCUUUAGCAGCUUGUUUCAACAUCGCAUUUGUUGCAUACUCAGAUUUCAUUAUCUCCUAAUAGAAAUUCUUUGGGUUAUUGCAGCACAAUUGCCCCAAUUCCCACACUGCAUUCAACUGUUUUAUUAUCGUGGGCACAGAUUGCUGAGGAGGUUGGCUGUCCUACUGAUGACACAAUGGUGGCCUGUCUGAAAUCAACAAGUGCUGAGACUCUCACCAUGGCUGCUCCCCUCAUCGAACAAGGCUCCCCAGAUUGUGAGAUUUCAUAUUCAUAACAACUCUCUCCAGAUGUAACAGCCAGUCAAAGCAACAUUGAGAUGCCAACAUGUCCAUGGUUUAAAACACUACCUGACCAAAUCUGUGUGACUUUACCCCAGAUCCAGGUGUGCUGAAUCUGCUUCUGUCUCCUGUUGUUGAUGGUGACUUCAUACCUGAUCAGCCAACCAACUUGUUCCACAAUGCAGCUGACAUUGACUACCUCGUGGGUGUUAACAGCCAUGAUGGUAAUCUUUUCACCUCACAGGACAUCCCAUCCUUGGGUAGCAAGACAAAGGAAACGCCAGUGUAAGGAAAAAUAUAUCGAAGUUUAACAAAAGGAGAGGAAAUCUAGUGACCUAAAGCGGCUGAACUGCAGAGUCCUUCUACUGAUAAACUUUAUUUUAACUGCAGUGAAGAUUUGAAGAGGCUCCUCGCUGCUUACUCCAAAGAGUUUGGGCAAGAUGGUGUGGAUGUUGCUUUUGCUGAGUACUCAUCCACCUGGGACUCACCUCCCAGCCAGGAGAACAUCAAGAGGACUGGUGUGGAUAUUGGAACAGACUACAUCUUUGUGGUUCCUGCACAGGUUGCCAUCUACCUGCACGCUGACAACGCCAGGUGAGACAAACUGUCUUUUGACUUGAAAAGUCCAGAAAGCAAAACUACAAUCAUGUAGGAGGAAGGAGACUCAUUCAGGGAGUGGGAGCGGUUUUGCAUACAUGUUUAUGCAAUUCACUCCAAUCACGUCACCAGAGGAGCAAAUUCAAAUCACCCUGUAGCAGCUAAGUUUUCCCAGGUUUGCCACAGAAACAAUACUGAGGCUUCACUUCCACAUUCUCAGGGCUAAGAAAUGGUCAACUUAUAAAUGUGUAGAAAACGAAUCAUAUGUUUUUCAGUGUUGUGCCUUUGGGAAGGCAUAUUUAUAACUUGAAAAUGGACCAAUAAAAUUCACAACUUUAUAAGGAUAGCUUCCGGCUUCUUGUGGAGCUGCUAAAGUACCAAAGAACCAGCUUUUUUACGCAUUCACACAAAUGAAAUCAGAUAUAAAGGUUAUUACUGUAGAUUGCAGAAGCUCAUAGUAAGGAGAUAACUCUGGGGCCACAAAGUAACUCAAUGUGAUUAUCAUAUAAAGAUUUAUUCCAAACACUGGCAAAAUAAACCAAUGAGUUUCCUUAUGUGCUUUUUAUAACAGGUUAGAGUUGAUUCAGAUUGCUGACAAAUGUUACUGGACUCAUAGACAUGCACUAGAGGGGGCAUAGAUGUAUAUAUGAAGAAUUAAAAGUUUUGCUGUGUUGCUGUAAUGUUGUACUGUCUGUAUAAACAAACUUGUGAUAAAGUCUGUGUUUAUCAGGUCUGGCCGUACCUUCUCCUACCUGCUGUCUGAGCCCAGUAUGAUGGCUGGACCUGGCAAACCUUAUCAUGACUGGGUGGGAUCAGAUCAUGCUGAUGACCUGCAGUUUGUGUUUGGCAAGCCUUUCACCACGCCAAAGGCUUAUGCAGACAGACACAGAGACCUGUCCAGCUAUAUGAUCGCUUACUGGACCAACUUUGCCCACACUGGGUAAAACAAACACUGCUUGCACAUCAAACAUUGAAGAAUUGCAUUAUUUUACAAAACUUCUCUUAAAAACUAACUGAACACUUACUUGGUAUUUAAUCGUCUAUUCGUUAAACAGCAACCCCAAUAAAGGAAACCUGAAGGCGCCUGUAUUCUGGCCUGAAUUCACCAGCAGUGGACCGAUGUACCUCGACCUCAACGGUAAGAUGGACGACAACUCUGUUGGACAGGAAAUGAGGCUCCGUUUUGUUCGUCUUUGGACCAGCGUCCUUCCCAGCCUUCCACCAUCAAACAUCACCACAGAUGAUGAGUGAUGCAUCAUGGGUCUAAAGACAAGAUUGCAACAAUCAGAAAAAAUAAACCGUGUGAAGAAAAAGA